UAACGAGCAAGCAUUCGUACAUGGCCUUGACUUAUAUAAUGAAAAAGGAGAAUUUGUUAAAUCAUUAUGGAAAGGUGAUAGUAUUGUCCGUAUAGAUGAUGUGUAUUCGUUAAAAGUAAAACUUGAAGUUCCUUUAUACACUCCAUUACCUGCUAAAUAUAUGAUUGAAAUUUUGGGCAAAACUAGAGGUUACUUGUCUUGUAUUAAAAAUAGUGAAAUUUUUACUAUAAUGGGAAAGUGA